CAAGAAGAAAGCAGCAGCGGUGAUUGAGAAAGAGAAGAAGAAGAAGAAAAAGGCUCCAGACUUUCUAAAGCGAGCACAGAUUAAAUCCCUGAAACAUUCUGAUCCACCUGCUGCAGAGAUGGGGGCUCAGGCCUCGGCGGUUGAAGGCGUGCACGUGGUGGUGGUUGGCGGCGGGUUCGGCGGCGUGGCGGCGGCGCGGCAGCUGCAGGCUGCAGGACUCAGCUUCACGCUGAUCGACAUCAGAGAUUGUUUCCAUCACAACGUGGCGGCGCUGCGAGCCGCCGUUCUGCCCGGUUUGGCUGAGCGGACGUUCAUCCCGUACGCCGACACGUUCGGGGACAGUUUUGUUCAGGGACGAGUUGAGCGCGUGGACGUGGACAGACAGACGGUCGUCCUCGACGACGGGACGGAGGUGGGGUUCUCUCACCUGGUGCUGAGCACCGGCAGUGACGGAGCGUUCCCCGGGAGGUUCAACAGCGCCGCCAGCCGCCAGAGCGCCGUGCAGGAGUACCAACACUUCAUCACACAGCUGCAGGCUGCAGACUCUCUGCUGGUUGUGGGUGGGGGCUCCUCCGGUGUGGAGAUGGCUGCUGAGAUAAAGUCGGAGUAUCCGGAGAAGAAGGUGGUCCUGAUCCACUCGCGGGCGGCGCUGGCCGACCCCGAGCUGCUGCCGAGCGUCCGUCAGCAGGCCAAACAGCUGCUGCUGCAGAGAGGGGUGGAGCUCCGGCUGGGUGAGAAGGUGUGUGACCUGUCUGCGCUGCAGCUGAACGUGACUCAGAAGAACUCGGUGGUGACCACGGAGCGCGGAGACAAACUGACCACCGACCUGAUCGUCUGCUGCACCGGACUCAAGAUCAACGCCACCGCAUACGCCUCCAGCUUCUCCGGCUGUAUGGCUGAAAACGGCGCUCUGAAGGUGAACGACCACCUGCAGGUCGAAGGAUUCUCCAACGUCUUCGCUAUCGGCGACUGCGCCAACGUCAACGAGCCCAAGAUGGCGUACCACGCCGAGCUGCACGCCGCCGUCGCCGUGACCAACAUCAUCAACAGUCUGAGGGGGAAGGAGCUGACGUCAUAUCACACAGGUAACAUCACCAUGUUGCUGGCGAUGGGCCGUGACGAUGGCGUGGGCCAGUUUAACGGGUUCAGGUUGCCUCGUUGGCUUGUUGUUCUGGGGAAGAGUCGAGAUCUGCUGCUGUGGAAGAGCUGGAGGGAGAUGAGGCAGAAACAACCCUGAGACACACACACACACACACACACACACACACACACACACACACACACACACACACACACACACACACACACACACACACACGCCCCUAAUUGAUUAAUUGAUUUAUUGUUCAGCAGCAGGUUACAUACGAUGACAGACAACGCUCUCUUAUUUUCACUCGCAGGUUACAUAUUAUAAACAGAUAAAUCUCUUAUUUUCACUCGCAGGUUACAUAUUAUAAACAGAUAAAUCUCUUAUUUUCACUAGCAGGUUACAUAUUAUAAACAGAUAAAUCUCUUAUUUUCACUAGCAGGUUACAUAUUAUAAACAGAUAAAUCUCUUAUUUUCACUAGCAGGUUACAUAUUAUAAACAGAUAAAUCUCUUAUUUUCACUAGCAGGUUACAUAUUAUAUACAGAUAAAUCUCUUAUUUUCACUAGCAGGUUACAUAUUUGCAGAUGAUGUUCACUUAAACAAAACUGUGCUUCUCUGCUGAAAAAAUUACCUUUUUUUACACAUUUUAUGUAUUUUCAAGACCUAAAACAAUCUAUAUUAGUUGAAAUAAACUGUUUCCAGAAUAUGUUUACCACUCUACCUUGCUGUCAGACAGCCCUGUUGGAGUUGACGCGCUGGUUAACUAAAACACUUCUUCCUUGCAGGAAGUUUUACUGGAAGACAGAAGUAUACUUUAUACUCUAUCACAAAACAUCUUAAUUUCAGUUUAUGCUUCACUGAAACACUUUAAAUGAUCCUGUUCAAAGUUAGAACACCAGAAGUUGUCAUGCUGUUGUUUCUGUCUCUCAGAACUGAUGCUGUUAAAGAAAUUGUAUGAAAUGAUAUUAUUGUAUGUUAAACUGUGUCUGUGCCAAUUAAACAUUAGUGAAACGUUU